UUUUAACCAUUCUUCUUAGUUUAAGACUGCAUGUACGCGUGUUUUUUAUAAUUAAUGGUCAUACGAAUUCGGCCGUGUGGAGAAUGGACGCGGCAGGCUUCGAACUUGAUUUUCCUACGUUAGUCCUACAGAUCGGGUACGAGGUCAACGUUGGUCAAGGCACAGCAAGGGUCGGAUAUAAAUAUAGACAGGGCAAAGAACCUGGAUCGAACUGUACCUUAUUUCCGUCGAAUGGAACUCUCGCUAGCAGGGAACGUGCUAUCAUGGACUUUGACUAUGGUCUGCCGCCGCCUAUCGGCUUCUCCCCCGUCCGCCUCUGGUUCGUGUCGAACAACCCAGACAAGUACAUCUUCGAGUUCGGCUGUCAUGAUAGAAACCAGGUGAUCAAUGGUGUGUGCUAUUACCGGUGGUACAUUAACAUCAUCCUCCGCGAGGGUCAACUCGACAAUCCACCCAUGCGUGAACUUGUCUGGGAGCUGUGGCAGAAGUUUGGACUCAAAUUCGACGACCCACGGAACACAUUUCUGUGGGUUGGAUAUGAAUGCCCCGACGACGUCUUGCCGUGAUAGUCCAGCUCUACCCCCGAUUUCUCGAACAAUCUUGAGGCCCGUAUAUCAACACUAGUUUAGUUUUGAUAUAAGUUAUAUUCUAAUUUAAAAGAGUGUUGAGACUUUCAAAUGUUUUUUUAAAGAUAAUAGUGAUAAACUAGCUUAAUUGUUUUUCAGUAAA